CUCAUCCCUGUUGAAGCAAGAGGAUAUUUUAGGUGUUCUCCAACAUGUAAAUUCAACAGACUGGAGUUUUCAUCAAAUAUCUUAAAAAAAUGUCAAAUUUUGACCAGUUUCAGUUCGACUUUUACCAGUCCAAUUAUACCAUAGAUGACCAGGAAGAAGGUUACAACAGUUAUGCGUCUAACGAAAACCUGUGUGGAAGCAGAAAGAGCCAGGCAGGAGAGCAACCUCCAGCCAGUGCUUUUGCCCCACCAGAAAUGCUUCUGUCCUCUCAGAGUUACACAGGUCAGAUUUUGCAGCCGACAUACAGUCCCGACACUCUCUCUCAUCUCAGUUACGCUGACGGAUUUGACGAGGAACCUCCUUUGCUAGAAGAACUUGGGAUCAAUUUUGAGCAUAUAUGGCAAAAAACAUUAACAGUUCUUAAUCCAAUGAAGCCUGCAGAUGGCAGCAUUAUGAACGAGACAGACCUCACCGGACCUAUGGUUUUCUGUUUGGCCCUUGGAGCAACAUUGCUGCUGGCAGGAAAAGUUCAUUUUGGCUAUGUGUAUGGCAUGAGUGCCAUUGGGUGCCUUGCUAUGCAUGCCCUACUGAACCUGAUGAGCGUCCCAGGAGUCUCGCAUGGCUGCGUUGCAAGUGUCUUGGGCUAUUGCCUGCUGCCCAUGGUGAUCUUGUCCUCUUCUGCAGUCGUCUUCUCGCUACAGGGGAUCCUGGGAACUUUGUUAGCUCUGUUUAUUAUUGGAUGGUGCAGUUUGUCAGCCUCCAAAAUUUUUACCUCUGCAUUGGGUAUGGAAGGACAGCAGCUUCUUAUUGCAUACCCGUGUGCUUUACUUUAUGGACUUUUUGCACUUCUAACAGUUUUCUGAGAUGUAUUUUCUGGUAGCCUUAUUACAGUCUGUUUAUGAUUGUUGGAGGGGCAAGGGGUUAUUUACUUAUUUUUAGAUUGCCUAGAGUUGCAUUAAGUUCCAUUAACAGAAUUAGAUUAUAUGACUUACCUUUUAUUUGCCUAAUGGCUGAUAAUGAAAUAAAAAAUCAAGCUAACAGGUAGAUGACUGCAAUAAUGGUGUUUUGAAAGUCUUAUAGCUUAAAGAAAAACAUUUGUAUUGAGGAAGUAGUAAAGGUGAAAAAAUAUGAAAUAAAUGCUAAUUUAAA